AGGUGCCACAGCAGAGCUGAAAUAUGCUCAACUGCUGCAGUGAGUGUAGUGCUUUAUGCUCUGCAUGAGCAGAGGGCAUCAUCUUGGUGGUAUUUGCAGCCAAGUAAACUUGGAUUAGAAUUGCUGCUUCAUUCAAGAGGAUGUGCCUAUUGGCCUAAAUCUCAUAACAGGGUUUAUCAGAGUGGACCACAAAGACCCGUAGUCUUUACUUUCUAAGUCACCAUCCCAGAGGGAGCAUGAAGAGAUUUCAAAAGGGAUAUGACAGCGGUGCUCUGAGGUCUUAUCUGACUCCUGUGCGAGAUGAAGAGGCUGAAUCCCAAAGAAGAGCACGAUCAAGGCAGGCUCGACAAACACGAAGGCCAACACAGGGUUUAAUCCUAACAGACAUUGAAGAAGCAAAACAGACCUUGAGUCGCUAUCGAGCUGAGAGGAGAGCUCAAGAGCAGCAGAGAGACAAGGCAGAAAGUAGUGAACCCCAGGAAAAGAAGGAGCUCAGGCUGCCAGAGACAACGAGAGAGCCAGUGGAGAGCAGGCCAAGGUGGAAUCGAAGUUCAGAAGAUGUAGUAAGUCAGCCUGUUUUUCGGAGAUCAAGAUAUUUAUCGCAGCCAGAAAGCCCAUCAUCCCCCCUGACAUCUCCAUCCACACUUGAUUCAUUCGUGUUUUCAGGAAUGCAGGGGCCCCCUGGAAAUGGCUUAACACCUAGCACUGACUCUAGCAUUAACACAACAGUCUCCAGGAGAGACCACAAGGAGGCUAGUAUUAAUGAUGGUGAGAGGAAACCCCCAGAGGAUGACACAAACCACAGUAUUCCUGCUGGAAAAUUCAGCCAGGAGAGGCAAAUGUCGAAAGAGAGCAUCAGAGAUUAUGAGAGUUUCCUACCUUGCACUACUGAGCACGAAAGACUUUCCAGCAGCAGCAACUCUAGGUUAGACCCGUCUUCAAGGGAUACUGGCAGUGAUCGUGCUCUUAGUCGCACAACUUCAGGCUCAUAUUCACGACGAGAGAAUCGACUAAGCUCUCUCAACAGGCCUGAAGAGGACAGCGUUAAGGAUUAUAAAAAGCUCUAUGAAGAAGCUCUAAGUGAGAAUGGAAGACUGAAAACAAAAGUGCAGGAGGCCCAGGAAGAACUGGCAGGCAUCCGAGUACAGAUGGACAGAUCCAACCAGCAGGAAAGAACUACUGACAAGUCAUCCAUGCUCGAAACAGAGAAGAAGGAGAAAAGGGCCUUACAGAGGAAGAUGUCAGAGAUGGAGGAAGAAGUGAAGGUACUGUCAGAUCUGAAGAAUGAUAACCAAAGGCUAAAGGAUGAGAAUGGAGCUUUGAUACGUGUUAUCAGCAAACUGUCAAAGUGAGAAGGCACAUUGGGUCACAAUACCAUGAACUUCCACGGCACUUCUUCAUUUACAUGACUCACAUUCACCACUUAUCAAUUCUUUGUAUCACAGUACUGCUACACUUUUGUGUUCAUAAUGCAGUUUUGUAUCAAAAUAUUUAAAUGUGUAAUGUUUGUUGUAUCACUGGAAUUAACAAAAGAAGAAGAUAAAAAAGGAGUGGAACCACAGUUUUAGAUGACGAUAUGGGUCUAUGUUUGACAUGUUCACUGUUGAAUCCAUGUCUUUUGAAUAUUCAUAGGGCUUGUUGUGCACAUGGUUAAUGAGUUCACAACAGAUAGAUUUCAACAUGUCAGGCCAGACUUCAUGAGACUUACUUUUUUUUUGGGUGGAUGAUAUCUAUUACAAAACAUUUUCAUUUUGUGACAUAAUAGAGUCAAGGCUAGACCGUUGGUCUACUACAAGUGCAUAUGCCUCAUAACUGGGAGAUAUGAAAGCUUUACUUAUAAGAAAUGCAUUGCUUUUGCCAUAGUCGUGUGUUUCUAUUGCAUUUUACUGCAUGAGGGGAUAUGCCUUUUCAUAGCAUUUUAGGUAAUAUAUGCACAUCGGAUAUUCUGCAGGCAGAACACUGAGAAGGGGAGAAACAGCUUACAGAAUUCAGUUUAUAUGGUUUUAUCCGAAUUCUCAUUCUCUAUAGGUGUAGAACAGGACUUUCUAGGUGGCAUUUCAGAAAUUCUGAGUAAUGAGAGGUAAAGACCUGUACUUUGGAAUGUUAUGGCAGAUGCCAAAGUCUUAAUUCUGUAGUCAUACUUAAUUUAAUGUACACCUGUGUCCUGUUAUACUGGAGGGGUUGAAAUGUUUUUUUUUUUAAUGGUUAUGUAAUAAACUUCCACCUGUGUGUUAUAAAUGUA